AGGUACUGCAUGACAACCAACGUUCUCGGUUCUGCCCAACAUGCAAAAUAAAACUUUACCGAGUAUGCAGGCAUAAGUACCUACCUAUGCUGCCAUGAUCCUGCCCAGACCCACAAUGGUAAGCUUAUCCCGACGACAAAUCUAGUCACAUAUCCGCUCGUGGAAUAAAUUCAUGAGCCCGGUCGACGAUACGACGUUCUUCUAAAUCUCCACCGCUGACACCGAAGGGUCCCCGCUGUCAGCCUUAAGAGAGAAGGUGAGUACAACGUCGCCGUUGGUAAAGAGACUCCUACGCUGCUUUAAAUUCCGUACAGCGAAACAACAGGGGUGGAUAUGACCGCACCUAUCACAACUCGAACCUGACAACUUACAUAGAAAUGUCUGGUCCUCUUCCUGCAGGAGAACCUUUUCUCGCCUCAUACUUACGGGUUCUCCGCGGAAUAGACUCACUGCCUGACCUCGUUGAAUUGUUUCCAACUCUCGAGCAAAAAGUCUUGGCUGCUCCAUCUACCCUCUCGGAGCACGAGCGUCGUCAGCUGCUCGACCUCGCAGAUGCCCAGGAUGAAGUUGCGAAUCUCCAACAAGUGAGUUCCAGAGCUCGAGCAGAACUACUCAGCUCUGUGCUUUCAAGUCCCGAGAUCCUCACAGACGACGAGAUUGAACUCGUCAAGAACAGGUUUUGGUCUCCGCCUACACUCAACGAGGUACAGCAAAUUUUCAACGGGAGUCUCAACAGGAUUCAAGAUUUCGUAGACAGGAUCUUCGCCGUUCGUGAAGCUGUUUAUCUUCCCAAUGAGAGUCGAGCAUUUACGCUUGCUUCAAUCGAAUUUACACGACGUGAGAAGCAACGCCGAGAUGAGAAGCAAAGUAAGCUGGGCGGCCCAAAUCCUCCUGCGAUUCCCGCUUGGAUGAAUUCCCUAUCCCAACGAUUCUCAGAAGAGAAGAUGUUGAAAACAUGGGGCUAUAUAGCUCUUUUGGAUUCCGAAGCGCAAACCAUGAGCGCUGACCGCCGAGACCUCUUCAUGUCCAAAACUCAAGCAAUAUUCACCCAAACAAUGCUGAACAACGGUGCUCGCUCCAAACUGCUCAACAAAACGUGGAAGAUAUCCUUCAUCAACGCCCCAUCGACUGUAUCUGCAUCUCUCGAACCGAACGCCGAUAAUUCCGAGCUUCGAGAUGCUUUCCGGACUCUGCUGGAUCCCAACAAAGAAUACAACGCUCCUCAAGGACCCGAUCCGCGCUCUCCCCAUGACAUCCUACAGAAACGGAAAGGGUACCUAAGCAACACCUUCCUCGUCAUCAACAAAACUUGCAUCGACUCCGUGCUCGCCUCACCCGGUUAUUCAGACGAUAUGAGGAUCUUGGCUUUCGAAGCAGACUUCCCUCAACCAGGUCGUACUUAUGUUGAGGGGUAUCAAGGAUGGACAUGGGUUCGCUUGGAGCAAUUAGUCGAUGCCUUUUAUGGAGCACGUAUGGAUGAGGAGCUUGGCAUGGAUGAGAUCUGGAAAGCAGCAGAGAGGAGUAAGAAUGAGGUGUUCGCGAGUUUGGAUGCUGAGGAAGCUGGGAUAUGGACGACGAGCACGAGUAUGACAGGACCACUACCAGGAAGUAUUCUUGGGAAACGGAGGAGACGGGCUCCGUAGCAAUAAUGAAGGAUGGCCUGACGGUCUAUUCAUGCUCUAGCCUAUGCUAUAGCUUCUGUCAACUGAGGCCAUCGAACCUGGUAA